AUGGGUGGCCAGAAGUGGGAAGUUGUGGGUGGCGGAGACAAGGGGGGAAUUGUUGUUCGCGUUGGCCGUCAUUUGAGCUCUGCAGAGCAUCCUUCGAAGCUGGAGAAAAACUCGCUGGUGGAGGAAGUGGCACGAGCCGGCGAUCGUCUCAAAUACAGGUUGUUGAAGGGCAACGGACCUGAGGAGGGAUGGGUCAGCGUGCGGUUGAAGGAGAAGGUGUUGCUGGAGCCAGUGAAUGAGGCAGCUCCGUCAUCUCGAGCUGCUCAUCUACAGGAACUUCGAAAUGAAUUUCCGGGCUGUGCAAACCUCGAGAUCCCAGCCGAAGCCGAAAAUUGGUCGGACACCGAGCUGCGGAACUUCUUCGAGAGCAGUGGCUUCAUCAAGCCACGCCCUGUGCCUUCAGGUGGAGGUCCAGAUGGAGUUUCAACUGGAGCAUCGCCAUCUCCAGGCCCGGUUCCGGUAGAUGUUGGAGUUCAGUUGACCGUCCCUGAAGCUCUCCAGCUGCAGGAAAGGCUGCUGGGUGCGUUCAAGAGUGCGGACUUUCAGCAGAAGCUACUGCGCUUGCAGAAACAGUACCCUCAGCGAAAGCAGAGAGGACACAACGAUGGCAAGGCAUACUUCGAGGCUUUUGAGGUGCUUGUGAUGACAGUAUAUCAGCGAGUACUGCCAGCACAUGGAUUGAGAGGCGACUGGGAUGGAGUGGGAGAAAUGUUCACCCGCAUCAUGUCUGCCAUGAAGAAUACGAAGGUCAAGAAGCAGCAUGAGGAGAUCAACACUCUUCUUGGGCUGCCACGUGAUGCAAAACUUGCUCCUUCUCGACGACAGGAUCUCUUUGUCUACUGCCCUGGAGGCGACGGAGGCACUCCGGCCUUCACCCUGCACGUUGUGGAGGACGAGGACCUUGAUGAGGCGCAUGAGUUUCUCGUGGAGGAGGAGGAUGAGCUGCAGGUCAUGCUUGCAAGCACAAAAAGCUGGUUUUUGGUGAAAGAACGUGCGCUUGUACGAUCAGCCCCUGAUGUGAAGUCAAGGGUGUUGGGCGAGCGUGGCGUGGGGCAGCGUGUGCUCGGUCACAAGAUCGUCAAAGAUGCAUCCGGAAGGUGGCUGCAGCUUCAUGCGAGUGAGCUGCGGAAGCUGGGCAAUGUCCCUGAGGCGUGGAUUCACCUUGGAACAGGGCCCGAGCUUCUGGUGAAGCAGUGA